AUGAACAACAACCAUACAAACAGCAAGGUUUAUUCACAGCAAAGAGCAGUGCUAAAACCAAUGAAAAACGUGGCCAUAUUUGAAGAGGAAGAGCUGGAGGAAGACGAUACGGAUGCAGAGCUGGAGGAGGAGACCUUCAUGGAUGACAGCAGCAGUAGUUAUAGCGGGACAAUGGCAGCUAUAGCACAUGAUUCGAGAAAUGAAUCCAUGUUGUUGGCACAGUUCCUGUCCACCACCGGCCCUGAGGAAUAUGAAAAGCAAGACACCAAGAAGCAACAGCAGCUUAAAAGAGCAUCUCGUCUGCUAAAAAGAUUGCGUAAAAGACCUACAAUGCCCGUGCUCAGGUCUGCAACUGGUGGUGCAGCAGCAGCAGCAGCAGCACUCCCUACCAGCAACAACGCUACAACAUUGCAAACUCAAGUAGAAAAAAAGAUGAAUUAUAUUCCUCUGCCGGUAUACGAUUAUUAUCCUGCUGAUACACCUCAACAGCCCAAGAAGGAAUCCAGCAAAAAGUCAAAUACAGCCAGUACGUCCACCAAUACAACCAGUACGUCCACCAAUACAACUUCUCGUCAUCAAGCGAGCAAGGCAAAGAAGCAACAGCAGCAAGUAAAUAACGCAUUGAGGGAUUCUGGCAUCUACAGCGAAACAAAUUCUGAAAAGGAUUCAUUUAUAACAUCUACAACAACAGCAUAUGGGCCGCUCCCCCCUUUACCACCAUUCACAACUGUCAUGAGCGAGCUGCAAUUUCCACACCCACCUUAUGCAUUUAAAACAUCACCUAAUAAUUACCAACAGCAGCAACAAAACAACCCGCGUCGCCCUGCACCACUGCCACCUGCAUUGGCAUCUGCUGCCAUCGCAACUGCAACGUCCGUGUGCUCUUCUGAUGGUGGUACAAGCACCAGCGCGCAUAUUCGCUCUGUGCCUGAAGCAGCUUUGAAAAGGAGGUCAGUCAGACUUCGACAUGUUCAAGUGCAAACUACAAACGAAGUUGACGACGAAACUGACAAGCAAGCGUCUUUUGGUUCCAGUACAGGCACUUCAGCAGAUAAGCAAGCCUGUCCUCACUGCCGCCAACCCAUCACAGCUGCUACAGGCAAUCGUCUUCGACGUCCUUCAUGUCCACCUGCUCUAUCAUCAGGACCUGCUCUUGUUACCAUAAAGGAUACGGAAGAUGCUAAAGUCUUGCUCGCUAUGAUUAUGAAGCUAAAGUCUCAACUGGAAGAAGAGAAACAAUGCCGUCUCAAAUUGGAAAAGGCUAUUCAUCAACGUCAAUCGGAUGAUCGAAAGGAGCAACUGGCCAAAGAGAGAGACAGAUGGGCUGGUGAUUGUCUUUGGCUGAACGAUCGUAUUGCCUUACUACCAGAGUAA